UCGCCAAAGCCUUCAAUAAAGACGCCACCAUGUACGGUUUCGCACCCGACGGAAACCUUCUCGGCGGACCAAUCUCAAACCUCUACAAAUAUGUUGAUGAGUUUGGCUCUGCGCCUGAGAUCAAAGCUAGAGUUGAUGUGUUGGCUAUUACCCCUAGCACAGCUGUUGUGAGGGUUGAUAUGGAGGGUGAUGGUGCUGGAGUGGAUUAUACGGAUUUUCACACUUUGUUGAAGUUUGAGGGGAAGUGGGAGAUCAUUGCCAAGGUGUUCCAUGCUUACGAGUGAAUGGCGGGGGAUAAAAUGUGCCGCUAG